UUAAGAUUAUGUAACUAGGAAAACAAUUUUAACUGAAUUAUGCAUCUAUAUCUCAAAUGAUUUUUCUACUGAUAAUUAAAGAAAAUUUUUGCCAAACAUUGAAUAGCUGAUGAGUUUAUUUCUUAUGUGAUUCAUACUGAAGGCAGAGUUAUUUUAACAGCUGAUGUAAUGAUACGUAGACGUAUACGAAUGAUGUACUAUGGCACGUUAUCAUUAUUUGUUUGAAGUAAAGUAGUCGUUGGGUUUUUUUUGCCGCACAACUAAGUAUUAGAUUAUUAAUAAAAUGGGUGGCGGUCCGAGUGUGCCAAUUCCUGGAGGAGGAACUGAAGGAUACCAUGUUUUGAAGGUCCAAGAAAAAUCUCCUGGACAAGCUGCAGGUUUGGAAGCGUUCUUCGAUUUUAUUAUUGCAAUUGAUAAUACGAGAUUGGAUCAAGAUAACGAUACUCUUAAAGAACUUCUUAAAGCUGGUAUCGACAAAGAACUUACCAUGACAGUUUACAGCAGCAAAACACAGACUGUAAGGAAUGUAAAAAUAACACCAAGUAAUACGUGGGGAGGUCAAGGACUCCUGGGCGUGAGCAUCAGAUUUUGUUCCUUUGAAGGAGCUAAUGAAAAUGUGUGGCAUGUGCUGGAAGUUCAUCCUUCAUCUCCCGCUGAAUUGGCUGGUUUAAAGCCUUUUUCGGAUUAUAUUAUUGGAGCUGAUUCGGUGUUGCAUGAAAGUGAAGAUCUUUUUACUCUAAUUGCUGCUCAUGAAGGCAGAUGCUUGAAAUUAUAUGUUUAUAAUAUUGAUCAGGAUUCCUGUAGAGAAGUUACGAUUACGCCAAAUUCUAACUGGCCUGGAGAGGGAAGUCUAGGUUGUGGCAUUGGAUAUGGAUACCUUCAUCGUAUACCAGUUAAUAGCAUAGAACCAGAAAAGCAAUUGUUAUUACCUCCUCCCAAACAGCCAUCUGAUGUGGCUCCUAAAUCACCAGACGCCUCAGAAGCUGCUGCAGUGUUAAAGAGUGCUCCUGGUGCAGACGUUAAUAGGGAUUUAAGUGCUGGUAUGACUGGACUUUCAAUUCAAACGCCACAUCCAGCCUUAGUUGGCGGAACUACAACUGUACCUCAAUAUACGCAUCCUUCUCAGCCACCUGUAUUUACUACUUCUCAAUAUACAACACCUACGCAGGUUAUGGGAAGUGAUUACCAAGCUCCGCAGUACACAAGUGGUACGCAAAACCCUUAUGCAAGUAGCGUUUACCAAUCACACCCUGGGCAUUAUCCCGCAGGAGUCAGCGUAAAUCCUUACCAGGGGUCGCAGUACCCAGAUAAUCAGUACGCACCUGGAUCAUAUCUUCCUGAAUAUCCUCCAACAACUGUAAUCCAGGAAUCGUGGAGACCUCCAGCGGCUUCAGAAAUUGGUACCACCCAGCAUCUCUUUCCACAGCCUCCUCAAAGUAAUAUAGCAACAGUCAUGCCGUCCAUUCCACAAAAUGUUCCUGUGCCUUCAAGUAUUAUUGAUUCAUCCUUUGCUGGAAAAGCUGUGACUACCCCUAUAUCUCUUCCAGGAAUGCCACCAAUCACUGUGAGUGCAACAUUGCCCUUCAAUACAAUUGAAGCUAUACAAAAUGAACAGCAGGCCAACACUACUAUUGCUGCUACUCACUAAUAUUAAGGAACUGUAUUUAUUUAUUUUUAAUUUUUCAAGUUAAAUUUUGUUUUUAUAUAAAUAAAUUAAAUGAAUACAUUAUUUUACUUAUUAACAUAUAACCAUUGCUAAUAAAAUUCUUAUGCAUACUUUUAAAGUAAGUUUUCUUUUAUAAAAUUGUUUUAUAUAUAUGUUUUUAGAAAUUAUUCUUGGUUAUUUGUAGGAGCCAAUGUCAUUUAGGUUAUUUAAAAAACUGAUGGUGAAAGUGAUUGACUUUUGUUUUAUUGUGUUUCAUGAAAAUUAUAUAGUUUAAAAAUAAUAUAUGUUUAUUUAUUUAUAUAUUUUAGUUGAAAAAAAGGCAUUAUAAAUUUAUUGU